GAAGUUUUCGAUAGAUUUAUGACCCUCUUUGCGUGAUGUCACGUUCUCUGCAGAUAUUUGAACUCUUCCCGCGCCAUUGAUACUGGGAUCACACAGGGACUGUAAGAGAGUUGGGGGGAUCCUGACUGUGACAAUGUCUCGGACCGUGCAGUAUGUAAGCAACACUCUUUCAAUGAUCACAUUAGAUGAGGAGGAACUUCAGAAAAAUACACAAUUUAGCAAGCUUCUACUGGAAGUGUCUCAGAUGCUGGAACCAAGUGGGGCAAGUGCCAGUCUCGGCAAGGAGCUAGAAGAGGCACAAAGGGAAUUGCGAAUGCAGAGGAAAGUGUGGUUCAGGUCAGAAAUAAUCCACCGUCUUUUACAUGAAAUGCUGGUUGACUACCGGGUCAGGAAAGAUGAUGGCUCUCUAAGUGAAGAUGAAAUUAAAUUCCUUGAGUGGCUCAACCAGUCCAUGCUGGUAUCAGAGUGCUUGCGUAUGAUAUCAGCCAGCACGUUCUCUCCGCCAAACUCCGUAUCUCUUCUUGGUAUGGGAAAGAAAGAUCUGCUUGAUAGUCUUCCAUCAAAUACGAAUGUUUUUGGUAUGACAGAUCGGUUUCAGAGGCAACUUGAAGAAUCACUGAAAAAGAAAUGUUUCACGUUCCUGUCAUUUCAUCAGCCAGAGACAGAUGAAGAGGGUGAUGUCCUUCGUGCAGCAAAAGCUCUGCGUUUGGCUAGCACACUGGAGGAUGAGAGCAGACGUCUAAAAAAUGAGAAAGAGAAGCAGAUGGAUAUUGAAGCUACCCUAGGAAAACAACAAGAAAUGUACCCUCAAGUCUUGCUACGCUGCCUUUUGCUCAUGCAAGAGGCUGCCUCAGGGCUGCGCCUGCAAGCUCAGUCUGACAUUGAUCGUAUAAAUGCAGAGUACUUGGAGGCAAAAAGUAACGCAUUGUUCCUUAAACUUCGGAUGGAGGAGCUGCAGGUACUUACAGACACAUAUACCUCUGAAAAACUUGAAGUUCACAGAAAAAUCAGGGCCAGCCUGGAAGCAGCUGCGAAGACUGAGAAGCAUGAUUUAGCCAUGUCCCAACAGAUUCUAUCUUCAUAUGAGUUCCUGGGCCCUGAAUUUGAAGAGUUGGUGCAGGAAUACACUUGUCUGAGAGAUAAAAUUAAGGACAAUCGUUGGAUGCUCCAAGAACUCAGUAAAACUCUACCAUGAGGAACUUAUUUAACGAUCUGACAUUAUAAGAAGCAUUUAGUUCAGAAGGAAUGUAUCCCAAGCACUAUAUUACACAUCACUAAGAUACAACAUAACCAUUUUGCAUUGACCUUCCACAAGGUAGAAGAUGGCUGGUUUUAUUCAAUCUCUCUUGUUGAUUACUGGAGUUAGUUCUGCUUCGGUAUCUCAAAAUCU